AUGUGUGUAAAUAUAUGCCUGUGUCUAUGACAUUAAGCACUCUAUGAGCAUGCAACAACAUUCAGUAUUCAUUAAUGUGUUUGAACUUGUCAAUCGGCGAACACGCAGUUUAAGUUUGAAAACAUAUAUUUCAUAUAUUAUUGAAUUAGAUUUCAUAUAAUAUUUAUACCACGCGUUGUAACGAAAAUUUUUUCGUAAUAAUUUACUCUGUACUACGUAUUGACAAUGUGGUCUAACCUGGACAGUACUAUUGUGAGUGCAUCAGGAGGAUUUUUGAAUGAUAGUCAGGAUCAAAGUGACGGAAAUAAAAAAACUGGUAAAAGAAUCAAGAAAAUAAUUCCUGUUAUGAUUCAACAGUUAACACAACUUAAUGACAAUUUGGAAGGUAGUAUUAUUACUCUUGUAGGAAUUAUACACCAUGUAGAGAAGAGUAGCACAAAAGUGACAUAUGAAAUUGAAGAUGAAACAGGUCAUAUUACAUGUUUCCAAUGGUUGGCAGUGGGAAAGUCAGAAUCAAUAAUUAAUUUAAAUACCUAUGUACGAGUAUUUGGAUACAUAAGAGAACAAACUGUAAUCAAACAUAUAUUAAUUUUAAAGAUUUGGCCUUUGACUACCUUGAAUGAAUUAACUAAUCAUUUAUUGGAAGUGACCUAUGUAACAUUAAAGAUUCAAAAGACUUCUAAUAAUGAAGAUAAAAGUUCUGAUGUCCCUAUGCUAGAUGAUAACCUUGGGUUGACUAAAGAACAAACUAUAGUCUAUAGGGUCAUUCAAGCAGAAAAUGAUAGCGAAAAUGGAAUAGAAAGAAAGACUCUCAAGAACCGUGUGCCAAAGAAUAUGUUAUCAACAGUUGAUGAGAUAAUUGACUUUCUUACAAGUGAAGGACAUAUUUAUACUACUUUUACAGAUGAUCACUUUAAGACAACAUAAUUAUGCAAGCAGAUACAGAAUUUUGUUGCUCAAACCUAAUUUAAGAAAGAUCUAAAGUUAUCUAAACCUGUUGAAAAAUUAAUAUGUACAUUCUAUAUAAUUAUUGUAUAGAGAUUUUUGUAUUACAUAGACGUAAUAUUAAGAAAUAAAUUUGAAUUAAUGUUUUGUGUAAUUGAUAACAAUUACGAAUAAUUGUUCUAAAUACACGUACAAAUAUUUUAAUAUUGUAUAGAGAUUUUUGUAUUACAUAGACGUAAUAUUAAGAAAUAAAUUUGAAUUAAUGUUUUGUGUAA